CAAAAUGUUAGCAGAGAAGCUAAAUGACGAGAAAUUUCUCAGAUAUGCAAUGGGAAGGCUUUAUAGAUAUAUGUGGAUACCCUGAAGAAUAAUCCUUUACUUUGGAACAGUUCUUCAUGUGAUGUUUUUUAUCAACUUAGUUAAGGAAGACACUGAUUCAAUUGCAAACCCUAUCAUCAAGAAAAUAUGGCUUCCAAUUUAUGCAAUCUCAACUCUACAUUUUCACGUAUUCUAUCAUAUCUUAGUUUACAUGAGUGGAAAUCAGCAUGUCACUACUCCUAAAUUCCCGCCAAUGGAGAAGAGAUUUAGCAAAGAACAAAUCAAAGGUUUCAAGCCACUCGUUAGAGAGCUUCUGAGUCACUCCCACAAAACUGAAGAGGACGUAAAGAAGUUCUGUAUAGAGAAUGAUUAUGAAAAAGAGAUGAGAUAUUGUGAAAAAUGUAAAGCAGAUAAACCCUAUAGCAUGUCUCACUGCUCUACUUGUAAGAGGUGUACAUACAGGCUUGAUCACCAUUGCCCAUGGGUUAACAACUGUGUUUCGAUGGAGAACAACAAGAUCUUCCUUUCCUUUCUCGUCUGGUGAGUUAUUGUCUUCCCUCAAAACUACUGGCUAUUGUGGUACUUUGAGGAAUCAGAAGCAUAUAAGUCUCACUGUCACUUAAACGCUUUCAUCUAUUGGCAGAGUUCAAUGAUCGCUUACUCAGUGUCGUGAUACUGUGGAAUGGAGAUGUACCUUAAUUUCUCAGGAAGAACCUUCCUUGAACUCCUUUCACAAAUUUCGAGAGGGCCAGCAAUUCCUAAAUUUGACCUUGAAGCUACUUGGAGAGAUUACCAUUUCAUUAAUUUCGGAACGUAUAAUCUUUUCCCUUCUCUGUUGUUCCCAUAUUUUUACACAACUCCUAUAACUGGCCAAGAGUAUUGCUUCAUUGAAAGGAAAACUGAGAAGGAAGAUUUUAUCCAAAAACACUCUGAGAUGCUCAAAAAGGUAUUUGAAAAGUACAACAUCAAGACAGCAUAAUUCAAAUUCAAAAUUUCAACUAA